ACCUUAAAAAUACAUAUAUAUAGAUAUUUAUAUAUAUAUAUUAUCGAUACCCAUACGCGUGUAUACACACACACAGACACACACACACACAGAGAGGGAUGUGCGCGUAUAAUAUACACGCGGCGGUAUAAAACACACGGGAGGAGGAGAGACAAUCCAGGGUGAAUUCCUCGUGCCUCCAUUCCCUGGGAAAGGGGGGAGCAGCCGCUCGCAAGCCAUAACGUGUGAAGGACGCAAUAAUUACAGGAGAUUGUGUUGCUUAAGCUUUUUUUCCCUCUUCAAACAGCAUCACCCUUCUGUGGCAAGAGGCGCCUGAAAGGAAAACUUCUGCAUAUCAAUGCACUGCCAAUGGUGGUGUAAUACCAAGGGCUGUACUGCUGCCACAUCACAAUUUUGUGGGGUUUCAGAGAGUAGUUCUGGGUUGUGUCCUUUGUUGUGACCUCAUGGUUUAACUGGGAAUAAAGAUGAGUAUAAGCAGUGAUGAGGUUAACUUCCUGGUAUAUAGAUACUUGCAAGAGUCAGGGUUUUCCCAUUCAGCAUUUACCUUUGGUAUAGAGAGCCAUAUCAGCCAGUCUAAUAUAAAUGGUGCUCUGGUGCCACCAGCUGCUUUGAUUUCCAUCAUCCAGAAAGGUCUGCAAUAUGUAGAGGCAGAAGUCAGUAUUAAUGAGGAUGGUACCUUGUUUGAUGGUAGGCCGAUAGAGUCUCUCUCACUGAUAGAUGCAGUGAUGCCUGAUGUGGUACAGACAAGACAACAGGCCUACAGAGAUAAACUUGCACAACAGCAGGCAGCAGCUGCUGCAGCUGCAGCCGCCACCAACCAACAGGGAUCAGCAAAAAAUGGAGAGAAUACUGCAAAUGGGGAAGAGAAUGGAGCACAUACUAUAGCAAUUUCCCACAAUGCAGAUAAUCACACAGACAUGAUGGAAGUAGACGGAGAUGUUGAAAUCCCUCCCAACAAGGCAGUGGUGCUGCGUGGCCAUGAAUCUGAAGUAUUCAUCUGUGCCUGGAAUCCCGUUAGUGACCUUUUGGCCUCAGGAUCUGGCGAUUCGACAGCACGGAUAUGGAACCUCAGCGAGAACAGCACGAGCGGCUCGACACAGCUGGUACUUCGGCACUGCAUCCGGGAAGGAGGGCAGGACGUACCCAGCAACAAAGAUGUGACAUCACUGGACUGGAACAGUGAAGGUACACUUCUAGCAACUGGGUCUUACGAUGGCUUUGCGAGGAUAUGGACUAAAGAUGGUAAUCUUGCCAGCACCUUAGGGCAACAUAAAGGUCCUAUAUUUGCGUUAAAAUGGAACAAGAAAGGAAACUUCAUUUUAAGUGCAGGAGUGGACAAGACCACAAUUAUUUGGGAUGCCCACACUGGCGAAGCCAAGCAGCAGUUUCCUUUUCAUUCUGCACCAGCAUUAGAUGUUGACUGGCAGAGUAACAACACGUUUGCCUCUUGCAGUACAGACAUGUGUAUUCACGUUUGUAAACUAGGACAAGAUAGGCCCAUCAAAACCUUCCAGGGUCACACAAAUGAAGUAAAUGCAAUCAAAUGGGAUCCAACUGGUAAUCUCCUGGCAUCCUGCUCUGAUGACAUGACUCUAAAGAUCUGGAGUAUGAAACAAGACAGUUGUGUCCAUGAUUUACAAGCACACAACAAAGAAAUUUAUACUAUCAAAUGGAGUCCUACAGGACCAGGAACAAAUAAUCCAAAUGCCAAUCUUAUGUUAGCAAGUGCAUCCUUUGAUUCUACUGUUAGGUUAUGGGAUGUAGACAGAGGAAUUUGUAUUCAUACUCUGACAAAACAUCAAGAACCUGUGUACAGUGUAGCUUUCAGUCCUGAUGGCAGGUACCUGGCCAGUGGCUCCUUUGAUAAAUGUGUACACAUCUGGAAUACACAGACAGGUGCCCUAGUUCACAGUUAUCGGGGAACAGGAGGGAUUUUCGAGGUUUGCUGGAAUGCAGCAGGAGACAAAGUUGGAGCAAGUGCUUCAGAUGGUUCAGUUUGUGUAUUAGACCUACGGAAAUAGCGCUACUAGUUGG